UCCGGUGAGCACAGCUGCCGAGCAUCAUCUCAUUCUCAUCCUCCUCCACCCGCGUCAACGCCGCAGUCAAACGCCUCCCAUUCCCACUCUCCCCCCUAGCUAGCUCCCACCAUGCCGCUGCCGUCGCCGCCGGCCGCCGUCCUCCUCGUCCUCCUCCACCUCGCCGCCACGGCCACGGCGACCAACUUCACCUGCAGCGCGCCGCGGGGCACCAUCUGCCAGUCCGCCAUCGGCUACCGCGUGCCCAACGCCACCACCUACGGGGACCUCCUCGCCCGCUUCAACACCACCACCCUCGCCGGCCUCCUCGGCGCCAACGACCUCCCGCUCGCCACCUCGCCCAAGAAGCGCGUCGCCGCCAAGCAGACCGUCCGCAUCCCCUUCCGCUGCCUCUGCGCCGGCAACGGCGUCGGCCAGUCGGACCACGCGCCCGUCUACACCGUGCAGCCGCAGGACGGGCUGGACGCCAUCGCCCGCAACUCCUUCGACGCCGUCGUCACCUACCAGGAGAUCGCCACCGCCAACAAGAUCGCCGACGUCAACCUCAUCACCGUCGGCCAGAAGCUCUGGAUCCCGCUGCCCUGCAGCUGCGACCCCGUGGACGGCGCCGACGCCGUGUUCCACCUCGCCCACAUCGUCGACGCCGGGGAGACCACCUCCGGCAUCGCCGCCACCUUCGGCGUCACCGAGGACACGCUGCUCAAGCUCAACAAGAUCGCCGACCCCAAGACACUGCAGAAGGACCAGGUUCUUGAUGUCCCGCUCCCUGUUUGCAGCUCAUCAAUCAGCAACACCUCGGCUGAUCAUGAUCUGCGCCUCCCGAACGGCACCUACGCGCUCACCGCGCAGGACUGCAUCCAGUGCCGCUGCAGUUCAAACACCUUCCAGUUCCAGCUAAAUUGCACCGCACUGCAAGGAAAAAAGGGAUGCCCAGCGGUGCGGCCGUGCGGCGAAGGGCUCAAUCUUGGGCAGACAAGUGGCGCCGGUUGCGACUCCAAGAUGUGCGCUUACAGUGGUUAUUCCAACAGCUCUUCACUCAGCAUACACACCACUGUUUUCAAGAACCAGACAGCACCAGCAUGCGAGAAAGCAGGAUCUUCGAGGUCGGUAUUGGCAGGGUCCAUGUGGAGGAUACCUGCUAUCUCCUUCCACAUGGUGUUGAUCUUGGUAUGCUUCCUUUGAUACCGAAGACGCCCACUCUAGCCGCUAUAUAUAUAUAUAUAUUAUCUUGGAAAAAAAAACUCACGAUAGUAUAUCAAUUUGUUGAUCGAUGUGAUUGUUGUUGUUGUUGUUGUAAGUUGAAAUUCCGAUGACCGGUUUGUUGAGCUUUUCAUUUUGACUAUUCUUCUAGAGAAUGAGUCGCGCUAGCUGCCUGAAUAAAGCAAUGAUAUGCGUUAUUUUCGUA